AUGAUUUUAGAUCCUGCUACUCCUAAAGUAAACGAAUAUUCAAAUGAGGAGAGCGCAGAGUUUUGGAAGUGCAUGGAUGAGAUUCUUCAAUUGGAUAAUGAGAAAUAUAAUGCUGAUAGACCAGCAGUCAUUAAUUCGAACUUAGUGAAAUACUUAAAAUUUGCUACAGAUUCUUAUAAAGAAUACAUUAAUACAGAUAGAGACCUUUAUAGAAUGGCAUUAACGCUAGUGGAGUCUCUCGUAUUUUCUGAUAAUAUAAAAUUUUGUUUAAGCAAACUGUUAUCAUUAUUAAACAUCGAUCUCCUAGAUAUGAGUAUGAAAUUUUUCAUAUCUUACAUAUUAUUAUUUGAAGCAAAAAGAAAUCUGUAUUCUUUAGACAUGAUGAUAGAAUAUCAAGGGUUUGCUGUCUUUUACAAUACUCUUUACACACAAUUUGCUUAUUUAGAAAAGUAUAGUUUAGAGAAUAGCUAUCCACGUCAUAAAGAUAAUAAAGAAGGAGAAUUGACCGAUUUAGAUUUCAAAAUUAUUGAUGAGAUGAAACAAAUAUCCACAGUUUUGAUGGAUUUAUUGUAUCAAAUCUUUAAAUAUUGUAAAAGUACAAUAUCAGAUAUUCAAAUAGUGGACGAUUUCUUCGUUCAUUUUCUAAUGCAUUCUGUAAGAUCAGAUACAACAUCGGAUUUAUUCAGUACUUCCGAAUUUAAAGUACUGUUAGCAUUAAAUGAGCAAUAUAUUAUGUUUGCAAAGGACUAUAAGAUUGAAAAUAAAGUUUUUAAAUACGUUCUGAAUGAAUCGGUAUCCAAAUCUUUCGUUGAGUUGUUAUUACUGAAAUUUAAUAGAUCAUCAGACUCAUCUUUACAAAUAAUGAUGUGUAAAAUCAUAUAUUUGGUCCUUACUACUACAAAGGAUAAUAUUGCAAUGAAUUUUUUCUACAUGAAUGAUUUAAAUGUAUUCGUUGAUGUUUUACUUAGAGAAUUACAAAAUAUAUCAGAAAAUCAAGAAAGUUUACGAAAUACUUUUCUACGUGUGCUGCUUCCACUUAUCAAAAAUACAGAAUUAUCAAAGACGCACUAUAGGAAGGAUGAUUUAACUGAAUUAUUACAAUAUCUUUCGAAUUAUGACAGUUUUUGUACUAGUGACGAUAUCAGUGACGAACAAAAAAUUACUGUGAAAUUAGUAUUUAAGAUAUUAAAUGAAGUUGAGUGGUUACAACCUUUACCUCAAAGUGAUAGUGACCCUAGUGUCACCAGUAGGUCAUCUAGUAUUAGUAUCAAUGGUAUGACAUUUAUCAACAAUAACGAAAGAGAAAAGGGAUUAUAUAACGUUUCAACAAAUGAUAGUAUCAUAUCUAUUGAAUCUUUAGGUAAAAGAAAAUCGAGGCCUCCACCUCCAUUACCUCCGACAAGGAAGAGCGUGGCACCAAAUCGUGCUAAUGUUAAUGAUUAUCUGAUGGGUAUUCGUUCUGUAGAAUGA